GGGGGGGAGACACGCUACCCAUUCUACAUAAUUUUAUCCGUGAGUACGACGGCAUGCAGCGACGACCCCAAUGCUAUAUGCAUGCAUGGGUAGUGGCAUCAAAACAUUGAUUGAUUUUUUUUCUUAACUCAUGGUGAGGACAGAAAUAGAUACGUCUUAGCGACUGUGUUUUGUGUUUGCGCGAGGCAGAGAGUUCAUUGACGGCGAAAAACUAUUUCAAAUCCAUUUCUGCAUACUGGUACCCUAAACAUUUCGUUCAUUCAGAGUUUAUGGCUCAUUUGUGGCUUUAUUGACCUAUACAGGUACAGCAUGCACAGAACUGUCUCUGAAUGUUAAAGUAAUGACGAUCUACUUGAUUUGGAUCGCAACACAACAUUGUGUCCUGAUCAUGCCUAUUUAGUGAAUGACUCGAAAUGUCAUUAUUAAAAUUAUCAAAUAGGGAAUUACAUCAAUAGGGGCAUCACCCAUCUGUUCGAGUGUGCAUAGGAGGUGGGGUUAUGAUUAACGUGGUUUAUGCCUAUAUCAAUGGAAACAAUAUAUAUCUUCAUAAUAAUUUGUUUUCAAUCAAGUCAUUUUUACACUUUUUACGUUCAUUUUAUAACCACACGCAUGCUAACUGACUCAUUAGCUGUAAAUGUCGACAAGUUGGAAUACUACGUAAUAUACAACCAUUGAUGUCCACACAAAGCGGAUUGUUAUGAAUUUGACAACCGUAAGAACUGGGAAAUCCUUCUUCAUAAGCACAAAAGUCACUCAGUUCCAAACACGCACGGCUUUUUUUUAUGCUCCUGGAGUCAAAAUAUAAUUUUGCUGUAUCAAAAUAACUUCCUGCCUCGACAUUUAUCGGCAAACAAAAACAAUUAUUCGGCUGAGCCGUGUUUACUCGGCGGAUUUAUCCGGUGCCGUACCUCGGAAGGGCAGGCAAAAUAAGGUUACUAUAUUCAACCUUCUGCGAGCAGGUUUCAUGUGUCUCAACAUACGCCGCUGCGAGUGAAGGUGCCACCGAAUUGCAUUGAUAGACACGUUCUUGCAUUGUACGGCGGAGGGAAAAAGGCCAAAUGCGGAUGAAAUGUCGCCAAAAUGAGGAUUUAGAUAUCCAACAUGUAAUCGGAUCUCUGGGCAAACAUGGCGAGCGCACUCCGAGAGUGAGUGAUAGGGGGACGUUGUUUCCGUUCUUAUUGCUAGUUUGACUGAAGCCUGUAUUGCCAGGGAUUGCCAAGACAAAGUAAUACCAAAUAGAGUAAAAAUCUCGAGUCAAUAUCGGAAACUUUACAGAAAAUGGGUUCAUGAUUUUUAAGGGAAAGAUUUACUACUGCAAAUCAAUUCGAGAGUUCAGAAAUACGAGUGUUCGUUAAAAAUCAAUCGCCUUGCCUAUUUUCCUUCUCCAAUUCCCUCUUUCUUUCGGGUUAUUUGAAUGGUAUUUGCCACUUCAUCAUGGCUUAAGAGUGCAAUUGUCUGGCAUAAAGUUUUUCUGACAUAUCGCAGCUAGUGUACAAUGCUCUUAAUUCAUUAAUUUAUCUGACAUGAAAAGAAUGAUAUGUGUAUAAGCUAAUUCCUUCUUGAAUUGUGAUCAAAAUAUGAUAGAAACGUAUUAAAUAUUUCGACCCUAUUUAGUGAAAAGGGGGGAAAUUAUAUUUUUCGACAAGAAAAUUAUCAUCGUUGGUAACAAAAAAAGGAACACUGCCCUUUAUAUUGUCCAAAUGGAGAAAAGUGCGCACUUUCGUGUCCAUUUAUUAUCCCUUUAGGUGAUUAAUAAAAAUCAAAACAAUUAAAUAUAAUGACAGAGACGAUUUAUAUAUUGACUCAAGCAAGCAAACAGACAAACAUAAACCCACACAAAUAUUUUGUGGUUGAUUACUUCCCUCCCAAUGUACACUGGUUUAUUGAUUGAAAACAAAAUAUGCAGAUAUUUAUUUGUCAGUGAAUCCUGCACUUUUAGCGCUAUGCGUUUUAUUAUUCUAACAACACAAAUACUAACUUACACAGUGAUGAUGAUAAAACUUCUAUCUAUAUUUCCACAACUUAAUAUUUUACUGUUAUUAUUUGAAAGAAUCAUACAACACGUCAUGGGACCAGCGUCUGGAAAUUAGUACAAUUAUUGCCAGUUUGCCAAUAAUUUAUUGUUAUUAUUUUAUGAAUUUGUCACAUCCGAUCAAUGAUUUUUAUCAUUAUUGCUGAUUUCUAUUUUUAUUUAAUAUAUUGUCAUGAAAUAAAAUUAUCAUACUUCAUGGGGUAGUAACUUUAAAUCAUUUACUUUCUCGUUUCAACAUUUUUGUGACAAUUGUUCUUUAAUUUCUGUCUUCAAACAGGUCAUGGGGGCGUAAAUCAACUAGGGGGUGUGUUCGUUAACGGUAGACCGUUGCCCGAUGUCGUCCGCCAGCGCAUUGUCGACCUCGCACACAGUGGCGUCAGGCCGUGCGACAUCUCAAGACAACUACGGGUCUCACACGGUUGUGUAUCGAAAAUUCUCGGCAGAUAUUAUGAAACCGGCUCAAUACGACCUGGUGUAAUUGGAGGCAGUAAACCCAAGGUAGCGACACCGAAGGUGGUGUCGAAGAUUGCCGAUUAUAAACGACAAAACCCGACCAUGUUUGCCUGGGAGAUUCGGGAUCGGCUGUUGGCCGAGGGCGUGUGCGAGAAAGACAACGUCCCCAGUGUCAGUUCGAUAAACAGGAUUGUAAGGAACAAACUCGGAGACAAGAAGCUCGAUGAGCAUCAAACGGGAUGUCUUCCGACUUCCGGUUCCCCUCCAUCCUCCCUUAUCCACCCUGGAGACCCAGAGAGGACGGGCUCCUCCUACUCCAUCAACGGGAUCCUGGGCAUCCCCAAGCAGGAGAAGAGGAUCAAGGGAGAACUCUACCCAGGUAGGUUAAGCUGAUAAUACAUUAUUGUGGUGCUGCUGCUGAUGAUGGUGGUGAUGUUGGUGGUGUUGGUGGUUGUGAUGGUGCUGCUGAUGAUGCAUGGUGGUGGUGGUGAUGCUGAUGGUGCUUGCUAGUCAUUCUAGUGAUGGUUGUGAUGGUGCUGCUGAUGUUGCAUGGUGGUAAUUAUAUAUGUGAUGGUGCUGCUGGUAAUGGUGGUGAUGCCGGUGAUGGUGCUGCUGAUGUUUAAUGGUAGUGGUGGUCGUGGUGGUGGUGAUGGUGGUGAUAGUGCUGCUGCUGAAGAUGGUGGUGCCGGUGGUAGUGAUGUUGCUUGUGGUUAGGGGCGGUGCAAGAUUUCAUGAAAACCACAAAAACCACUGGAAAUUGAUUACGUAGAAGUCUCAAAGUCAUAUUUUGAUGGUGGUGGUGAUGAUAAUGAUGUUGUUGAUGAUGAUGAUGAUGGAAAUAAUAACGGCGAUGAUGGAAAUGAUGACGGUGAUGAUAAUGGUGAUGGAAAAGUUAAUGCUUCUGCUUCCGUUGUUGAUGAUGAUGGUGAUGAUGAUGAUAUAAUAGAUAAUGGGAUAUAUCACCGUUAAAUGUUUAAUACCGUCAAUCAUUUUUUUCCUUCAUUUUACCGUUUGUUGGUUGUAACGAUAUUGCACACCAAAGCAUGGGAUCAAUUACCUACAUAUACACAAUCAUCAUCUGCAUUAUUAAUUUGCAUAUCUCCGGCUAAUCUGAAUAGAUACUGGAUGACCCGUCUCUGGCCUCCAAUUCUCAUUAACGUGACUCACUAAUGACCCUCUCCAGCUCCAUCCGACGGCGUUGGCCAUAAAAAUGCCGGUGCUUUAAUGGCAUCAAUUUUGCAGAGCCAAUGCGAGAUCCAAUAUUUCAUGAUAAUUUUGUUCCCCUUUAUAUUUUCCAUCCCAAUUUUUUUAUCGUGGAAAUGGGCAGAUUGGUCCUAUAUUCUCUCUGACAUUUGAGAGUUAUUUUGUUUGGCUUCUUGGCGUUAUUGGCUCCCCGAUUGCUUUAUCAACAAUAGCGCUUCCAUCAUUGUAAAUCUGUCUUUGGGGAUAUCCGGCAGGAUUUAUGUAUUUCAAAAUAUAAAAUUAGGUUAGGUUUGUUUUCUGAAAGGCAAAAGGGAAAUGUUCUGAAAACUUCUGUCCGUUAAGACGGUUUUACUCUCUCUUUUUUUUUGGGGGGGGGGUGCUGGACGGGGAUAAAAAUAGUUGUUAGAGAAAUAUAGGAACAGAAGGUUUAUGGUAUCUAAAGGUACAAAAUGACACGAAGGAGGAAUGAGCAAAGAAAAAAAGUGUUGGGAAUGUUGUUUUAUAUAUGCCUACAGAAGAUUGUAAAACCCUCAGGGAACACUUCACAUGAUUUUUUUUCUUUUGCACUGUAAAUGGACAAAUGAUAGAGGUGUUUAUUCUUAACAAAUCGUAUUUAAUUGAUGGCUGGAAGUGAUCGCGAUUCAAGUUGGUAAGGAGAACAAUAGUAAUGCAAACAACCCUCUCAACUCGCGGCGCACUGCCACUUAAGAUCUUAAGAGGAGGAGAAGGAUGGAUGAGGUAAGAGGCGGCAGGGGGGGGGGGUAGGGGAUAGAGGAUGAUUCUAAGAUGCUUGGUAGAGAUUACAUUUAAACACUUGACUUGAUGUGGUAAGGGUUCAACGGCUACCAUGAUGGUCGUAGAGAUACGGCAGACGUGAAGAAGGCUAAGAAACAGAACCAUCGUGGCGUGUCAUAAUUAUAGACCGUAAGUCAACAGAACUCGUGUUGUUAUUGCGCCUUUCCUACAUCCAUUCGAUCCGGACUUGACACUUCGCAACUCCCAUAUCCCACCAAAGGGCCUUAUCCACGCUUGAUUUAAAAGUAUUUAAAGACUCGUUCUUAUCUCACUAACCCUUCCCGUUUCCCCCCUCGCCGUCUCCGUGAAACAUCCAUCUCCAUUCACGUUGCCUUUCAUCUCGCUGGCGAGAUGGGGGCUAAUAAUGUCGCCCUGGGCAGUAAUUUACACUUCAUCAGCCUCUGGUAGUAGCGAGAAGCUAUAAUUUUGUCAUUUAAGCGAGAUAAAGUACGUUAUUAAAAGUCGAAACCUCCAGGGGCUUUUUUCGGCGUACAAGAGGCCGCACCUUUGUAGCAUGUACCCAUCCCAGUGCGUGGAAUGGCGGUGCGUCGCGCAGACGGAUGUGGGUAAGUUUACGUCGGGGGUAACGCGUGGCGCCUCUCUGAUACCAGGAAGGGUAUAACAUAGCGUAUAAGGGGGUAGGAAAAGGGACCGGCCGUCGUGUUUUACCCUAAGAUGUGUUCAUCUGAGCGUCUCCAACUCUCGGUUGCUCUGGGAUCCAUCUGCCACUGCAUUCCUCUAUUCAAGGCUGAGUAACAUCGUAAUGUCGGCAUGGCUAACGGUACUAUUACUGUUUGUGUUUCAACGUCAAGGGUAUUAGUGUCUACAUGACUUGCCUUUUCCCCCUUUCAACAUCCCCUCCUGAGAAUUCCUUUAAUUAAGCCCCUUUCGGUUUAUUAACUCAAGAACGUCCUGUGAGAAUCUUAGACCGUAAUAAGUAAACUCUUCCAUUCAGUCAAACACAGAAUGACCAAAUAAACGAUAAAACAUGAAUAAAGUUACUGCAAUAUUUAUGACAAGCUCUUGGCAACUAGUGCACACUCUUAUCGUCCCCACUUUGUACCAUUUGAUCUUAUUUUUGUAUUCUGAAAGUAAACUCAUUUUCUGAAUUGUUUAUGUUUGUGUUUUCGAUUCCUCCAUCUCUAAUUCGUCCCUUUUCCUAGUGCCAUCUGGCGAUCCUGUUUGAAUUCGAAUUAUGAUUAGUUAAAUACCUACUAUCAACACCAACACCA